AUAGUAAGGCAUCUUUAUGCAAAAAAAUGACCUUGUAUAGUAAGGCAUCUUUUUUUUUAAGAAUGACCAUGGCAUUACAUUAAAAAAAAAAUCUAUAGUAAAGCAUCUAUAUUAAAAAAAAAAAUAAAAAAAAACUGUAUAGUAAGGCAUCUUUAUGCAAAAAAUGACCAUAUAAUAGUAAAGCAUUUUUUUUUUAAAUUAAAAGACCAUGUACAGUAAAGCAUCUAUAUUUAAAAAAAUGACUAUAGUAAGGCAUCUUUAUGCCAAAAAAAUGGCCGUUUAGUAAGACAUCUUUUUUUAAGAAUGACCAUGGCAUUAUAUUUAAAAAAAAAUCUAUAGUAAGGCAUCUUUAUGCAAAAAAUGACCAUGUAUAGUAAGGCAUCUUAAAAAAAAAAAACAUUAAAAGACCAUGUUUAGGAAUGCAUCUAUAUUUAAAACAAAAAAAACAUGUAUAGUAAGGCAUCUAUAUUUAAAAAAUGACCAUGUAUAGUAAAGCAUCUUAAAAAAAAAAAAAAGACUAUGUACAGUAAGGCAUCUUUAUUUAAAAAAUAACCAUGUAUAGUAAGGCAACUUUAAAAUAAUAAUAAAAAAUAAAAACACAAAACAAGACCAUGUAUAAUAAGGCAUAUUUAUGCAAAAAAUGACCAUAUAGAGUUCGGCAUCUUUAUUUUAAAAAAGGACCAUGUAUAGCAAGGUGUCUUUAAAAAAAAAAAAAAAAAAAAAGACCAUACAUAAUAAGGCAUCUUUUUAAAAAAAAGACCAUGUAUACUAAGGCAUCUUUAUGCCAAAAAAUGCCCAUGUUUAGUAGGGCAUCUUUUUAAAAAAUGACUAUGUAUAGUAAGACAUCUUGUUAAAAAAAAUAGACCAUGUGUAGUUCGGCAUCUUUAUUUUAAAAAAAAAUGUAUAGGAAGGCAUCUUUUUAAAAAAAUGACCAUGUAUAGUAAGGUAUUUUUAAUUACAAUAUAGUAAGGCAUCUUUCUGCAAAAAAAAUAAGACCAUGUAUAUGAAGUCAUCUUUUUAAGGGUUAGGUUUUAAAAAGACCAUGUAUGGUAAGGCAUUUACAUUUUUAAAGACCACGUAGGCAGUUAACAAAAAAAGACCAUUUUUAGAAGGCAUCUUUUAACAAAAAUGAAAUGAUAGAAUUCAGCCGCGAACUCGUCAACGCCCCAUACAGCGCCAUAUUGGAGGUGGCAAAGUUGCAUUUACCUAGCAAACAUUCCGUCCCCUUUACGGCGCCAUAUUGAACGUGGCAAAGUCGCCCAAGCGAGUGGAGAUUUUUAAUCCUGUUACGACACAAUCUUCGUUAGAGUAUCCAAUAUACGUCUUCUUCAUUUUUCUUGUUCGUCUACAUCUAAAUGUUUCGUUACUGUCGGCUGCUACGGGUUAGCUUUCACACUUCUCGACGACUUCCGCUUCCCGUGUCGUACGCGGCUCGCCCUUGUCCCUCCCCACGGCAAACAUGGCGGGCCCACUGUGGCGGCAAUGCCAGAGGUGGCUCGUCGGCCGUGCCGCCGCGACUCUACGUCGGGUGGCGCGGCGGGACUUGCCCGGGUCCGGAGCCGCCGCGGUCGCGUUCGCGGGGCCGACGGCCUGGAAGUCGCGGCUAGCAAACGAGCUGGUGCCAGCUUUACAAUUAAACCAGAAGAUGGAUCAGAGGUCAACGGGCACAUCCUUAUCUCUCGCCAGGCGCAAGUAUCCGGCUUGUUCGUGGAGGAGGAUCCACAGCGACGCCAAACCCAAAGAUCCCUUCACGCUCGCGCAGAAAGACUUGAGCAGUUUAUACGACGACAUUAAAAAGGAAUUGUUCGUGUCCAAAGAGGAGCUCAAGUCUUUAUGCGAUUACUACUUUGACGGAAAGGGCAAAGCCAUUCGUCCCAUGAUCGUCGUCCUGAUGGCGCGCGCCCUCAACAUCCACAGCAACCAAGAAGGAGACUUGCUCCCCGGCCAGCGCGCCGUGGCCAUGAUUUCGGAGAUGAUCCACACGGCCAGCCUCGUGCACGACGACGUCAUCGACGGCUCGGACGAGCGGCGGGGAAAGAGGACCAUCAACGACGUGUGGGGCGAGAAAAAGGCCAUCUUGGCGGGAGAUUUCAUCCUGUCGGCCGCCUCCAUGGCGCUGGCUCGCAUCGGCGACAUCACCGUGGUGAAAGUGUUGGCGCAGGUCAUCGAAGACCUCGUCAGAGGCGAAUUUAUGCAACUGGGCUCCAAGGAGAACGAGAGCGAGCGCUUCAAGCACUACUUGGACAAAACCUUCAAGAAGACGGCGAGCCUGAUCGCCAACAGUUGCAAAGCAGUAUGUACGUUCUGUCUGCACCGCGACAGACGCCGCGCCUCUUUUUUCCGCCUCCCGGUCCUUACGGCGCUCCGCCCUCGCCAGGUGUCCAUCCUGGUCAACUCGGACCCCGAUGUCCACGAGAUCGCUUACCAGUAUGGGAGGAACGUCGGCAUCGCAUUUCAGCUAGUGGAUGACGUGCUGGACUUCACGGCGGGCGCUAGCCAGCUGGGGAAACCGUCGGCCGCCGACCUCAAGUUGGGUUUGGCCACGGGGCCCGUCUUGUUCGCUUGUCAGCAGUUUCCGGAGCUGCACGUCAUGAUCAUGAGACGCUUCAGCCGCAAAGGCGACGUGGAGCGAGCGUGGAAAUUUGUCUUACAGAGUGACGGCGUGCAGCAGACCAACUUCCUGGCGCGUCGCUACUGCCAGGAAGCGGUCCGCCACGUCAGCCGACUGCGUCCGUCGCCCGAGAGGGACGCCCUGGUGGCUCUCACUCACAUGGUGCUCACCCGAGACAAGUGACCCAUCUUCCGCCGCUGUUUCCCUCUACCUCGGACACGGUCGAGUGCUUAUUUAAUGCUGCGGAAGAUAAAAACAACACGCCAAGCACUUCGCUCAUAAUGUCGCUACGUACUGUAAAUGUCUAUUCAUUCCUCACCCGGUUCCGUCCGCGCUCGCCUGAGGAAAUGUCAUAGCCUUAACACCUGCAACUACUGCUCAAUAAACACAUUUAGGUUUUUUGUAAUUUCAUGUGGUGCAUGUUCAUUAAACUUGACAAGUUUGUAGUACAUAGAACUGUUUAUUAUAAAAGGCUGUACAUGAAUUUGUUUCAAUCAACAUAUGUUACAUACAAAUGAAGGGCCGCGAAAGAAAAUGACAAGGAUUCAAAAUGGCCGCUCGAUGAAAAAUUCUCGUGACCGAUUUUUCCGCGCGUAUGGAAAAAAGCAAGUAUGCGGAUAUUUGCCAAUUUUUUGCACAAUUCUUGAUAGUAACGGAGGC